AUGAAGAGUCAUUGGUCGUCCUCACAUUACGGAAACGGAAAUGGAGGAAAUCACUCUGGUAUUCUCGAAGCGAUAAUUCUCAAGGAUAUUCGAGGAAUCUCAGCCUGCCAAUCGCAAAUCCUGAAGAUGCCUGCCCCCCGUUUUGUCAAAGACAGAAACAUUCAUUGCCUUGCAGGGGUAAAAACCAACUAUGACAGGGGUGGAAAUAGGAUACCGCGAGCAUUAUCUGAAUGA